AUGCGUCAAAACAGAUCCAAGGAUAAAUCUCAAUCUGCUGAACAAGAUUACAGCGAUGUCUUGGAAAUUGUUGAACAGUUGGCGGAAAUUCUUGACCGCACCGAUCUUUCGGAAGUCCGCAUCCGGGAUAAGGAAUUUGAGAUACAGGUUUCCAGGUAUCGCGGGAAUCCCCCAGGACAUGAACAGCCCGCGCUACGAUCAGCAGAGACGGGCGUAGCGGUGGGGACACCGCAGCUCCCUGUAGAGAACCCAGAUACGGACGGCAGCGCGGAAGCAAAUAAUGCAUUGAUCAGUGCACCGAUGCCCUCGCGCUUCUACCGUUCCCCUGCGCCUGAUGAGCCACCCUUUGUAAAAGUCGGGGAUAUAGUUGCCACGGGUGAACCCGUUGCCGUCCUUGAAGUUAUGAAAACUUACAAUCCCGUGGAAGCUCCGUUUAACUGUGAGAUCUUAGAGAUUCUCGCUGAAGAUGGCGAGGCGGUUGAAUAUGCACAACCGUUGUUCCGAGUGAAGCAGGCAUAG